GGCCCGGCUGCGGUACCGCGUUCGCUCGGAGAUGGCGGAGCCGCCGCGACGCGGCCGGAGUUCCGGAGAGCUGGGAAGCCGGGCAGCUGCGGGGCGCGGCGCAGCCCGAGGACCACGGGGACGCCGCCCAGAGCGCCGGGCGUGAAACUAAGGUGUUUAAGAGCACUCUGAAGUUUGACAACGCUGACUUUGAAUCCCAGUUCCUCUGCUGAUUGAGCUGUGUGAUUUCGGGAGCCUUGUUUUGGAGAACAGAUCAUCCUGUGAGCAAGAGAUAGUGGAGGAAGAGAGUGUGAACUUUGCUGAUUGCUGAUGUGAGGAACCCAGCCAGGACCAAGGGCAGCACCUGGUUAGAUUUACAUCUUGAAGUCAUGGGCCAGGGGGCCAUGGUGACCUGAGACUAAUGGAUGCUGUCCAGUUGCCCCCUAUUUCCCCUUCUACCUCCCCUACCCUAUACUAAAGGAACUGACUCUGAAGGAACCCCGUUUCCCUGUUUUCCCAUCAUUCCACCCUCCUAAGAGAGCCCCAUUUAUAGAACUGCUACUCCCAUCCCCAAGGUGGGCCCCAUUCCUGCCUCCCCUCCCCCGCCAUGCUCAAGCUGUGGAAGGUGGUGCGCCCAGCUCGGCAGCUAGAACUGCACCGCCUCAUACUGCUGCUGAUUGCUUUCAGCCUGGGCUCUAUGGGCUUCCUGGCUUAUUAUGUAUCCACCAGUCCUAAGAAUAAGGAGCCCUUGCCGCUACCCUUGGGAGACUGCAGCAGUGCUGCAGCAGCUGGCCCUGGCCCUGCGCGGCCACCAGUCCCACCCCAGCCCCCCAGGCCGCCAGAGACAGCUCGAACUGAACCUGUGGUUCUUGUGUUUGUGGAGAGUGCAUACUCACAGCUGGGGCAGGAAAUUGUAGCCAUCUUGGAGUCUAGUCGUUUUCGAUAUAGCACUGAACUGGCACCUGGCCGAGGGGACAUGCCUACACUGACCGAUCGUACCCGUGGCCGCUAUGUCUUGAUCAUUUAUGAGAACCUGCUCAAGUAUGUCAACCUGGAUGCCUGGAGUCGGGAACUGCUAGAUCGAUACUGUGUGGAAUAUGGCGUGGGCAUCAUCGGCUUUUUCCGAGCUCACGAGCAUAGCUUACUGAGUGCCCAACUCAAGGGCUUUCCCCUUUUUCUACACUCAAACUUGGGGCUCCGGGACUACCAAGUGAAUCCUUCUGCCCCUCUACUGCACCUCACACGCCCUAGUCGCUUGGAGCCUGGGCCACUGCCUGGUGAUGACUGGACCAUUUUUCAAUCCAACCACAGCACAUACGAAUCAGUGCUUCUUGCCAACCUUCGGCUAGCAGAGCCCCCUGUGCCCGGACCAGUUCCUCAUCGAGCCCGGCUGCCCACCGUGGUGCAGGACCUGGGGCUUCAUGAUGGCAUCCAGCGGGUGCUCUUCGGCCAUGGCCUUUCAUUCUGGCUCCAUAAGCUUGUUUUCGUUGAUGCUGUUGCAUACCUCACUGGCAAGCGUCUCUGCUUGGACCUUGACCGAUACAUCUUGGUAGACAUCGAUGACAUCUUUGUGGGCAAGGAAGGUACCCGCAUGAAGGUGGCUGAUGUUGAGGCUCUGCUGACCACCCAGAACAAACUCAGGACGUUAGUCCCCAACUUCACCUUCAACUUGGGCUUCUCGGGCAAGUUCUAUCAUACUGGGACAGAGGAGGAGGAUGCAGGGGAUGACAUGCUGCUGACGCACCGCAGAGAGUUCUGGUGGUUCCCCCACAUGUGGAGCCACAUGCAGCCACACCUGUUCCACAAUCGCUCCGUGCUGGCUGACCAGAUGAGGCUCAACAAACUGUUUGCUCUGGAACAUGGGAUUCCCACGAAUCUGGGGUACGCUGUGGCCCCUCACCACUCGGGCGUAUAUCCCAUCCAUACGCAGCUCUAUGAGGCCUGGAAAUCCGUGUGGGGCAUCCAGGUGACCAGCACUGAGGAGUAUCCUCAUCUCCGCCCUGCCCGCUACCGUCGUGGCUUCAUUCACAAUGGCAUUAUGGUACUGCCAAGGCAGACAUGUGGCCUCUUCACUCACACAAUCUUUUAUAAUGAGUAUCCUGGAGGCUCUCGUGAACUAGAUCGCAGCAUACGAGGAGGAGAGCUCUUUUUGACAGUGCUGCUUAAUCCGAUCAGCAUCUUUAUGACCCAUCUAUCCAACUAUGGAAAUGAUCGUCUGGGCCUGUACACUUUUGAGAGCCUGGUGCGUUUCCUCCAGUGCUGGACUAGGCUGCGCCUACAGACCCUUCCUCCUGUGCCUCUUGCACAAAAGUAUUUUGAACUCUUCCCUCAAGAGCGGAGCCCACUUUGGCAGAAUCCUUGUGAUGACAAGAGGCACAAAGAUAUUUGGUCCAAAGAGAAAACUUGUGAUCGGCUCCCCAAGUUCCUCAUCGUGGGCCCUCAGAAGACUGGGACCACAGCUAUUCACUUCUUCCUGAGCCUGCAUCCAGCUGUAACUAGCAGUUUCCCUAGCCCCAGCACCUUUGAAGAGAUUCAAUUCUUCAGUGGUCCUAACUACCACAAGGGCAUUGACUGGUACAUGGACUUCUUCCCUAUCCCAUCUAAUGCCAGCACUGAUUUUCUGUUUGAAAAAAGCGCCACCUAUUUUGACUCAGAGGUUGUACCACGGCGGGGAGCUGCCCUCCUGCCACGAGCCAAGAUCAUCACUGUGCUCACCAACCCCGCUGACAGGGCCUACUCCUGGUACCAGCAUCAGCGCGCACAUGGAGACCGAGCUGCCCUGAACUACACCUUUUACCAGGUGAUUUCAGCCUCCUCCCAGGCCCCUCAGGCACUUCGUUCCUUGCAAAACCGCUGUCUUGUACCUGGCUACUAUUCUACCCACCUACAACGCUGGCUGACUUACUACCCCUCUGAACAGUUGCUGAUUGUAGAUGGGCAAGAGCUACGCACAAACCCAGCUGCCUCAAUGGAGAGCAUCCAGAAGUUCCUGGGUAUCACACCCUUUCUGAACUACACACGGACCCUCAGGUUUGAUGAAGAUAAAGGGUUCUGGUGUCAGGGACUUGAAGGUGGGAAGACCCGCUGUCUAGGCAAGAGCAAAGGUCGGAAGUAUCCAGAUAUGGACACUGAGUCUCGCCUUUUCCUUAUGAAUUUUUUCCGGAACCACAAUUUGGAGCUGUCAAAGCUGCUGAGCCGCCUUGGACAGCCAGUGCCCUCAUGGCUUCAUGAAGAACUACAGCAUUCCAGUCUGGGCUGAUGUUAUCAGCCUCUUGUACCAGCAAAAGCCCCCUGCUUCCCUAGUGGGCGAGUCCAAAGCAGGAUCUCCAAGGGGGACUAGAGUGGCCUGGCCCCUCCCCCUUCUACCUCAGCGACCUCUAAGCCUGGGAUGGCUGAGAAGGGGGGGCGCAUCCCUUUCCUAUAGCUUUGGGGUCUGAUGAAGGGGUUUUCUUUGAUAUCCCGCAUCAUGGUACUAAGCCCCUUUCACCCAUGAUCUUGGAAGGUGGGGAGGAAGAAGGUCCAGGCAGCCUAGAGGAAUGUAUUAAUCCAGUGAGUCCCCUCUUCAUCCCCAGCAUUGUAUCUGUCUGUACCUGGCUUUAGGAGUUGACUCUUUGCUGUGGGAUUAGUGGGAUCUACCUGUGGCCUGGCCUACCUAAUGUCAUUCACAUUGAAUGGAGAUGAGGUCGGACGUGGCUCAUAGAGCUGAGCAUAAGCCCUAGCCAUGGGCCAGAAUGUCCUUAAUAAACAUUCUUAUUUUUC